AGCAAUAGCCUAGCUAGUCAUGUUCUUCAAACUCCCAAUACUCUUGUCUUUCCUAGUCGUAAUUUGUAGCUCAGUAGCGACGGAUGAUAAUUUUGGUUUCAUCUACAAUGGGUUCCCAUCCGCUAACCUGAGCCUCGAUGGCAUAGCGGAAUUCACCAACAAUGGAGUUCUGCAGCUUACCAACAAAACCAGAUACCAAAACGGACACGCCUUUUACCCUAACCCAAUAUCCUUCAAGAAUUCAUCAAAUGGCCAUGCUUUCUCUUUCUCUACCACUUUUGUUUUCGCUAUCCACCCAAAAUAUUCGGAAUUUUCCGGCCAUGGUAUGGCCUUCGUCAUUGCACCCACUCGAGGGCUCCCACUUGCUCUUCCGAAUCAGUACCUCGGCCUUUUUAAUGAAAGGAACGACGGAAAUUUUGGCAAUCAUGUUUUCGCUGUAGAAAUCGAUACGCAACUGAAUGAAGAGUUUCUUGAAACCAAUGAUAACCAUAUAGGGAUCGAUAUUAACGGUUUGAAGUCUGUGAAAUCAGCUCCAGCUGGUUAUUAUGAAAAUCAAACCGGUGACUUCAAGAAAUUGACACUUACUAGACAGAAAAUUCAAGUUUGGGUAGAAUACAACGGUGAGGAAAAGCAAAUUAAAGUCACUUUAGCUCCAUUCAACAGCGGUAAGCCCAUUUCCCCACUUAUCUCUUUGUCAAGGGAUCUUUCUACUAUUUUUAACGAAAACAUGUUUGUUGGCUUCUCGUCGGCCAACGGUAAGUUGUUAACAUCUCAUUAUGUUUUGGGUUGGAGUUUUAAAAUGAAUGGUCAAGCGCAAGAACUCCUCCUCUCUAAACUACCUAAGCUUCCCCGAAUAGGUCCUAAGAAGCGAUCAAUGCUUUUGACUAUUGGAUUGCCUUUAAUUUCUGUAAGCUUAAUUUUCACUGUAGUCUCAAGUGUUGUAUAUGUAGUAAGGAGAAAAAAAAAGUUCGCUGAAGUGCUUGAAGAUUGGGAGCUUGAAUAUGGGCCUCAGAGAUUCAAAUACAAAGAUCUUUAUAUUGCCACCAAAGGGUUUAGAGAAAAGGAGCUACUAGGUACUGGAGGUUUUGGCAGGGUCUACAGAGGUGUCCUACCCAACUCUAAACAAGAGAUUGCAGUGAAGAAAAUCUCUCAUGAAUCAAGACAAGGAAUUAGAGAAUUUAUUGCUGAAAUUGUCAGUAUUGGGCACCUACGUCACCGAAAUUUAGUAAAACUCUUGGGGUAUUGCCGGCGUAAAGGAGAGCUGAUUUUGGUGUACGACUACAUGCCUAAUGGAAGUCUUGACAAGUACCUCUAUGACAAUCCAAAGGUUACCCUGAAUUGGAGACAAAGAUUCCGAGUUAUCAAAGGAGUAGCUUUGGGACUGUUAUAUCUACAUGAAGAAUGGGAAAAAGUUGUUAUUCAUAGAGAUGUAAAGGCCAGUAAUGUUUUGCUUGAUAGUGAAUUAAAUGGAAGGCUUGGAGAUUUUGGGCUUGCAAGAUUAUAUGAUCAUGGAACUAAUCCGCAAACAACUCAUGUAGUUGGAACUGUUGGCUAUCUUGCCCCAGAGCAUACACGAACUGGGAAGGCCACAAGAAGCAAUGAUGUGUUUGCUUUUGGUGCCUUUCUGCUCGAAGUUGCCUGUGGCAGAAGGCCAAUAGAGCCACAAUCACCGACAGAGGAGACUCUGAUUUUGGUUGACUGGGUAUUUGGUUUUUGGAAUAAAGGUGAAAUUAUUGAGGCAAGGGAUCCCAAAAUAGGAACAGAUUAUGUGGCUGAGGAGCUAGAGUUGGUAUUGAAACUUGGGUUGAUGUGCUCUCAUUCAGAGGCAGCAGGUAGGCCAGGAAUGCGCCAAGUUGUUGAGUACUUGGAAAAGGAUAUUCCUCUUCCGGAGUUAUUAACUCUUGGAAUUUCAUCAAGUGGCAUAACAUUUGCCUAUCGGUAUGGUUUUGAUGACUUUGUCGACUCAUAUCCAUUAUGUAUGGGUAUAACCGUUUCGACUACAGUUGAAGACUCAGUACUUUCAGAUGGCCAAUGAUACUUUAAAUUGUUCGAAAUCUCUCUUGUCGCUUUUUAUGGUCUCUGGUUUAUGUUUAUGGUGGGUUACUUUUACGUAAUACGCUUGUUUUUAUACUAUAGAAGUGAUAAUGAAAUAAAUCGAUUGACACCUUUGAAUCGGCUUUGCUGCAAAUUCCAUUUUCCAUUUCAACUUCACCAUUCUCUGUAUUCACACCUGGCCUCUCUUUUUCUUUCUUUUGUAUUCUUCUUUAGUUUGGACGACUAAUUGACCAUAGAUUUCUACAUUCACACCAUAUAUAUACACGUAAGCAGAGAAACGAUUAUAUGAUAUCUUCACCGAUGAUCUAACCAUGGUGAAUUUUUUUUGUUGGAGUAGAUUUUGGAUUUGUUGAUUAGUUGAAGUGGUUUCUUUAGUGUUAAAGUGUAAGAAGAAAACAGAGGGAAAAUACAAUACGAAUUUGG